CAUUUACACUUCAAGUCCAAUCAUUAACACUGGUACAAUCAAUAUGUGAACGAAAAACACUCGAAUUACGAUUGAAUAGUUUUUUUUUCAAAAUUAAAGCAACGCCUUAGUUUACAAUAUGAAUUUUGUGAGGUUUCAAUAUCAUAUUCUUAUUUAUAUAGUGGUUCUGUAUCCAAUAAAAAGUGUUUUAAGUGAACCACAUGGUAUGGCUUUAGGGGGUCAUUAUGGGAUACACGAUGAAAAAGAACAUAUACACAGUACAGAGCGUCCAUGCGCAGUGUGUCCACGACACGGUGUCUGCGUGCCCCACGUCCAGUGUCCAGCGCACGUCCGGCCUGGCUCCCGGAACCCGCAGUGCCACUUAGAUGGAAUGCGAGUUGGUGUGUGCUGUUUCACGGGAAGAAGUCAUGCAGCGGAGUCUGACCGCAAGUUCCGAUCGUCAAUCAACGUGGAAGACGUCAAGGCCGCUCACAAUCAGUCGCGACAGAAGCUGAAACAGUGGUUGGGACACGCUGAAGGGUUGCAGAAUGAGCAUUACGCUGUCGUUAAUGCCACUUCACCCAGUUAUGGGCAUCAUUUGUCUAUGGUAACUUACGACAAAAGAGCGCAGAAGUUAGGGCGAGGUGCGUUAUUAAAUAUCUUUGCUGCGCAGGAGUUGAAAUCAAGACAAGCUUUGUCGGAUGAUGAUUUGGCUAUGGGAUUCACUGAUCAUACGGAUGGACCUUACUGCCCGCCAGUGCCUUCGUGCCCACACGCGCCCAGUAGAUAUAGAAGCAUCGAUGGAAAUUGCAAUAAUCAGGGAAAUCCUAGCUGGGGUGCUGUUAACACUGGCUAUGGUAGACUGCUACCACCUUCCUAUAGUGAUGGUAUUUGGGCGAUAAGAAUUUCAGCGAAUGGAGUGCCGCUGGCGUCAGCACGAGCUGUCAGCAGCGCCCUCAUACUGGACGGCAGUCACCCCAGCCGCACACACAACCUACUGUUCAUGCAGUUCGGACAGUUCAUAGCUCACGAUAUCAGCACUGGUGUGGUCUUCACCUUAGGUAAUGGAAGCCCUAUAUCCUGCUGUGAUAGCAACGGUGAAGAUGUCCUGCCUCCAGAGAAGCAACAUUGGGCCUGCGCCCCUAUUGUGUUGGAUGAAGGCGACGUGUUCUACGGCCAGUUCAGCCAGCGCUGCAUCAACUUUGUGCGGACCCAGCUGGCUCCAGACUUCGACUGUUCUGUGGGUUAUGCUACUCAGAUGAAUGGCGCAUCGCAUUACCCAGACAUGUCUCAUCUGUACGGCAGCUCGGCGGAGAAAUUGGCUAGGCUACGGGCACCGGGAGGGUUGCUGGCGACGUUCAACGACUACGGCAGAGAACUACCUCCGUUGACUCAUCGGAAGGAGUGCUUGAAUGUACACGAUGGAGCUGCUUGCUUUGAAUCAGGGGAUAACCACGGAAACCAGGUGAUAUCUCUAACAGUCCUCCACACAAUUUGGACUAGGGAACACAACAGGAUCGCUCGAACCCUAGCUGGAUUGAACUCUGCGUGGGAUGAGGACACCAUAUUCUGGGAAGCCAGGAGAAUUGUGCUAGCAGAGUUCCAGCACAUCAUAUAUAAUGAGUGGCUUCCUUCGUUGCUAGGUUCUAAAACAAUGCAAGUGUUCGGUCUGACACCAUCAUCGGGUUAUGCUCUGGCUUAUGAUCCCAGUAUAAACCCAUCGCUGACUGCAGAGUUCGCCACUGCUGCCAUGAGGUUUGGACAUUCCAUAGUCGACAGUCAACUCACAGUUUUAAGUCCACAGCACAAGGGGGUCUACGAGUCAAUAUCUCUGCCAGAAGUGAUGUUCCAGCCAUCUAGACUUCGCAUAAAGCCUUUCUUAGACAGGCUACUUCUCGGACUGAUGUGGCAACCAAUGCAAUCUGUCGAUCCAUUUGUUACUGAAGCUCUAUCUCGCUACAUGUUCCACGGAGGCAAUCCAUAUGGCCUGGAUCUGGCCGCGAUCAACAUCCAACGAGGCAGAGAUCAUGGCCUUCAAUCAUACAAUGAGUACAGGAGACUGGUUGGAUUGGAACCUAUCACCGAUUUCCAUCAGUUUCCAUCAAGCGCUGCCCAAAGACUCUCCACCGUAUACACAAGCCCGGAAGACAUAGAUUUGUGGGUGGGCGGGUUAUUAGAAGAACCCAUAGAAGGGGGUGUUAUUGGCACUACAUUCGCUAACAUUAUAGCUGAUCAGUUUGCAAAAUUGAAGAGAGGGGAUAAGUAUUACUACGAGUACGGACCUGAUAUCAAUCAUGGUGCAUUUACUACAAAUCAAUUAUCUGAAAUAAAGAAGGUGACCUUAUCGAGAAUCUUGUGCGACAACAGCGAUGGAAUAGAAAUCUCUGCGGUAUCACCAAACGCAUUUUUGAGAAGUUUACCAGGAAACGAUCCAGUGCAAUGCGACAGUCCGUUAAUCCCUGCGAUGGAUUUAGCAAAAUUUGUAGUAUAACUUUAAUAAUAAUAAAAAGUACAGUAAAGCACAACCUAUUGUUUAUUUUUAAAUCAUCAAAAUCUAUCACAGACUUGUGUUAAAGUUAACGUAACGGUAAGGGGUUGUUAAAAUUAAAUUUAGUUGCAGUUAUUUUAUAUUUUCUUCUCUUUCUUCUAUUCUCUUUUUUCAUUUCCUUUAAUCUUCUCUCUUGUAUUUUACACCUUAUUUUAAACAAUUAUUACAACGUAAUGAUAUUACAAAAGCGGUCGUAAGUUUUACUUCUUAAUUAUAUUGCAUACCUUUUGUAAUCUGAAUCAUUAGUUGGAAAUAAUGUUACUUGAACACAUAUUUUGAACAAAAAAUAUCAAUAAACCCUUUUAUAUUUUAUCUUACUCAGUUAUUUGAAUCUGUAAGACUCAAUUUGAAUCUGCAAUA